AUGGCCGAACACGGUCCGCAGCUUCCUCCAGUCGGGGAAAAAUCCCUACCGGCCAAAUGCAAGCCCCGCGCGCUGGCGUACUGUCCGACCAUGGACCUGAUCGCCCUGGCCACCGAGGACGAGGAGCUGCGCAUUUUCCGGCUGAACGGGCAGCGCGUGUUCGGGGGCUCGUUUGGCGGGGACCCGUACCUCGGCGAGGAUGAGGAGGAUGGGGAGAUCAGGGCGUUGGCGUGGAAGGGGAAUGGUCGGUUACUUGCUGUCGCGUGUGGAGAUGGGACGCUCCGGCCCGGCACAGCCUUCUCCCAAGGCAACGUGUCUGGGCUGGGGGUCAAUUUCACCGACAGCCACGCGGCCGAGCGGCAUCUGCGCGACUCAGCGGGCCAGCUCUCCAUCGAGGAUCUGCUGAGCUCAUCGGUGCACUCGUCGAAAGCGGCCGCGCUGAUCAAAGCGGAUUUACCACGCGAGCUGGCACUGAUGGAUAUCGAGAGCUCGCUGCCGAAACUGAGUACCCUGCCGGCGACGGGCAGCGAAGAUGAUCUCUUUAGUUCCCGCGCGUCUAUCGAUGCCAUCUUUCAUUCUUCCACCAAGGAUACCAGCGACUCGGUGAACGUGCUCUUUGUCGGAUAUGAUGAUGGAAGUGUCCAUCUGCGCAUCUUCGACUGCUUCGAGAUUGGCUCGUUCCCCAUCGCUGACUCGGCCGGACAGCCGGGUUCAUGCAAUAUUCUUCGUCAUGCGUCACAUCCCUUAAGCUCGACACAUGCCUUGCUGGCGGCGUCCGCAUCGUCCCUCAACCUUGUCACUCUGGACCUUCGCUUUAUCACGCGAUCGGGUCGCUACCUGUCUCUCCUUGCUUCCAAGACAACCCAGCUCCAGAACCUGCUCCGGUAUAUCGACCAAGUGCAGCGGCAGAUCGAGCUUGAGUGGAAGAAUACCCAAGAACUUCCCUCGAGGUUUUUGCGGAGUGUCAAUGAAGACCUGCAGGAAAAGUGCCAUUGUGAUUUCAUCACGGCGGCUUAUCAUCUCGUUGUUACGGGACAUUGCUUCGAGCCGAUGAAGGAGUUCCUGGUGGAUAUCGUCGGAGAAAGAGGACACAAGCGAUGGGACAAAGCCGUCGCCGGCGGGUACGAGAACAUCCGCCGCCUGACGCACGAAUGUCUCUUGCCCGCACUGGAGAGGAGCCAAGUCCUUCUCAGCCGACUGAUCGGCCUGUCCAAGUUCCACAAACUCAGCGACGUCCUCGGUCUAGAAACGACCAAGCUCAACGCCAUCGUCGAAACACUCGACUGUCUCCACCUAAUGGCCCACCAGAUCAUCACACACUCCAACGAAGAACUGGCCGAAUUCCUCGCCUUCUCCAGAUGGCUCCAACUCGAGAUCCACAUCCUAAACAGCGAAGCACUCUCCCAGACGCAGGAAGAGCUACUGGAAAAGCGCGACCUGCUCGACGUGCCCCCAACGGUCCACUAUAUCACCGGCGCAUUGACGAAGAGCCAGUUGCGCAAUUUCAUCCGCCAGCUUCCCAUGAUCGGCGUGGCUAAGCCGCCGCCACCUGGUACGGACAAGUGGCUUCCAGAUGGCCAUGAUCAUUCGUUUUAUGAUACGUUCAAAUCGCUUCUCCAGCAGCAGCGCCAGAGCCGGGGUGAGGGCGGCGAUGAUACUGCGGUCGACGCACCUAAGCUAAAUGAUUUGACGAGGCGGCUGGGGACGCAGUUUGAGAUCGUUUUCGGUGAGAUUGCCUUGACGCAGCGGAGGGGCAUUCUGCAUCGCUCGCCUCUUGAGCUGCACUCGGACUGUGAUCAGAGUGUUGCAGAUCUGACGAUCUGUCAUGAGGAUGCCGAAGAAGGACACCCGUGCUCCACAUACAUUGCUGCUCGAUCGAGCACAUCGAAACACCUAAUCUACAUAUACCGCGUGGUGCUGGACUCCAUCAACGGCGUCAGCUCAACAAGACGCACCGCCAUCGCCGCUCUCUCCCUGCAACAAGGCGAGAUCCGCCAACUGCAAUUCGUCGACGACGACACGCUCAUGGUCCUGUGGGCUUCCGGCGAAGGACCCUCGUACCUCCUAAACUUCCCCAUCCAACCCCUCUCCCUCCAAUCCCACGCAGGAGAAGAGUCGGACCCCCAAUCGCUAGCAAUUUCCUACGUCGAUUGCGACAGCACCGCUUCUACCCCCAAACCCUCCGUCAAACCCACCCUCCUCGACCUCUCCUCGCUAUCCUCCCCGCACGCGGGAAUCAUCAAGCAUGCCUUUCCCGCAUCGGGGCCUAAAUCUAGACCUGUUUAUCUUGAUGUCAAUGGACGGAAGGAUCGGCGUGCAGUUUGUGUGCUGUAUGGGGAUGCGAUGCGGUAUGAGGUUUUGGAUUUGGAGUCUGAGUUGGUGCUUGAGGAAGAGGAGGCAGAGGAGGAGGGAGAGGAAGGAGAGGGGAGUAGUGUUGCUAUGGAGGAUGAGGAUGGGAUUGAUAGAUAA